AUGGCUGCUCUCUCUGUCCUCUCUGCCUGUCAGCAAAGUUAUUUCGCUUUGCAGGCAGGAAAGGUGAGAUCAAAAUACAAAGUCACACCCCCAGCAGUCUCUGGGUCACCAGAGUUUGAGAGACUAUUUCAUGCACAACAAAACUGUGUGGAGUUUUACCCAAUAUUUAUGAUUACGUUGUGGAUGGCUGGAUGGUAUUUCAACUAAGUUUUUGAUACUUGUCUAAGUCUGGUGUACAUAUAUGUCCAUCACCAGUAUUUCUGGGGAUACUCAGAAGCUGCUAAAGAAAGGAUCACUGGUUUCCGGUUGAGUCUGGGGGUUUUGGCCUUGUUGACUGUCCUAAGCACCGUGGGGAUUGCAAACAGUUUUCUGGAUGAAUACCUGGACUUCAAUGUUGCCGAGACGCUGAGGCACUUCUAACGUUCCCCCCUCCCUUUGC